AUGUGCGUGAGAUGCGUCGCAAGUGACACAUAUCCCUUCUCCGAUAGCUUUGAUUUGGCUUUGAUGCCGAUUUUGGUUCAAAGAAAUGUUACUUUCAAGUACUUUUACGAGAAUUGUGCUGAGGUCAUUAAAGGGGUUGUCAAGAUGGUAAAGGAAGUGUGUGUCAGAGCCUUUAAGGACAUCCUCAAGGAAUACGCCCGUGAAACAUCCUCCACCACUGGGAGGUUGUCCAUUGGUCAACCUAACGUUUCAACCACUAAGAAAGUAACAUCCCAUUAUGACAAUCAUGGUAAAGGGACUGCACAGACUCCAUUACACAUCCUGAGUAAAGGACAGGAUAUAGAAGUUGCUUAUGAUGGAACCAAAAAUAUUACUCCACUCAAGAUGACUACUGUAGUAACGACUAGCAAAGAAAUUCAUGAUAGUGUCCAGGAUCAGGCAACGAUAAUGCAAUUAAUGAUUCCCUCAAUGGGAGGUACUGGUGAAAAUGGCGAUGUUUCUUUUUUUAGUAAAAACGCCAAAUUGGGGAUUAUCUCAAAUCCCACUCCUCUGAUUGGGCAACCAACUAAGCCCAACUACGUUACCACAGAACCAUUAGAAAUCAAGCAUUUGGACAAUAUUGAUGACUUUAGUCACAUCUUCAAAAGUAGCCUAAAUCUUAUUAAGGACGAAGAUGAUUCCCCUGAUGAACGGACAAUCUUCUUGACCUUCUCCAGAGGCUAUCCAAUUUCAGCAAAUGAGGUUCAGGAAUUCUUCACCAAGAAAUUUGGGGAUUUCAUUGAAAAUAUUCAUAUGCAACAAGUGGCUGAGAAUGAACAGGUGUUAUUUGCGAGGGUUGUCGCCCGUGCACCAGCAUUCGUCAAUGCGGUUGUGGAAGGUGGAAAGGCUAAGUAUAGCAUCAAUAGAAAACAUGUGUGGGCAAGAAAAUAUGUUAGGAAUAAGAAGUGUCCUCCAACACUAUAA